UGCCGAAAAGAAGAUGACGAACAACUUACUCAAUAUACAAUACGCUUCCGGUUCUUUUUUACAGCGCAUGCGUCCUUACAGCACACAACAAUCAUGUCGUCUCGACUGUUGGGAUCUGCCAGUCCCUUGGCAAGAUAUCUCUGCCGCUCCCAGCAGGUUGUUUGCCCCAGCUGGAGAGCAGCUUCCACUCAAACGCAGCAGAAAGUAAAUGUUCCAGAGACGGUAGUGUCAACUCUCCCCAGUGGAAUGAAAGUUGCCACCGAGAGUAUCGGCUCCCCCACCUGCACCGUGGGUUUGUGGAUUGAUGUAGGAAGCAGAUAUGAAACAGCCAACAACAAUGGGGUCGCCCACUUCUUAGAACACAUGUUUUUCAAGGGAACACAAAAACGCUCACGAAAUCAGCUAGAACUGGAAGUGGAAAAUAUGGGGGCUCAUUUGAAUGCUUACACAUCCAGGGAAACAACCGUCUUUUAUGCGAAAUGUCUGUCUAAAGAUGUAGAGAAAGCCAUUGAAAUUUUGUCAGACAUCGUUCAGAACAGUAAGUUAGAUGAACAAGAAAUCGAGAGGGAGCGGGAUGUGAUUCUCAGAGAAAUGGAGGAAGUAGAAACUAACCUACAGGAAGUCAUAUUUGAUCACCUGCACGCCACCGCCUUCCAGGGAACCCCCCUGGGGAGGACGAUACUGGGACCCACUGCCAAUAUCAAGUCCAUGAGGAGAAAGGAUCUGACCAACUUUAUCCAAAUGCACUACUCUCCUGGCAGAAUUGUUUUGGCUGGAGCUGGGGGCAUUGACCACCAACAAAUGAAAGACUUGGGUGAAAAAUACUUUACCCAUCUGGGUAGAACAGACGAACCAUUGCUGGAGAGAGACGUGUCACUCAAGGAGCCUUGUCGCUUUACGGGAGGAGAUGUUAGAAUCCGAGACGACCUGAUGCCGCUGUGUCAUGUGGCCCUGGCAGUGGAGACAUGUGGGUGGAAGAAUGCAGACAACAUCCCCCUCAUGAUCGGCAACAUGGCCAUCGGCAACUGGGACCGGUCCAUGAUGGGGGGCAAGGAUUUGGUCAGUGGUCUGGCUGUGCGAUUUGCCAACCAGCCAGCCGCUCAUAGCUUCAUGUCCUUUAACACUAACUACUCCGACACCGGCCUGUGGGGAGCUUAUUUCAUUGGUGAGGGCCCAAGGAUGAUGGAGAUUACAGAUUAUGUAGUAAGAGAAUGGAUCGCAUUAUGUACAAAAAUUACAGACCAGGAAGUGGAGAGAGCGAAAAACAUCCUGAAGGCUAAUCUCCGCCUCCAGCUGGACGGAACCACGCCCAUCUGUGAGGAUAUUGGAAGACAAAUGCUGGCAUAUGGAAGAAGAGUGCCGUUGGAAGAAUUUGAAUAUAGAAUUGAUAAUGUAAACGCUGCCAAGGUCCGAGAGGUCUGCACAAAGUAUAUAUACGAUAGAUGUCCUGCACUGGCAGCCAUAGGUCCAGCGGUAGCAGUGCCUGACUACGCCUCCUUGAGGUCCGAGUUCUACUGGCUGAGACUCUAGGCGACCGGGUCAGUGUGUCUAGGCGACCGGGUCAGUGUGUAGGAAGUGAAAUAAGU